GCUGUCUGCAAACACUGGGGACCCCAGGCGCUUGUCAUCACACCAGCUGCUUGAAGUUAAUCAAGAAUUACUGCAGUCUGGAGUCGUUUCUCUGUGUGGAAACAGGGAUCGUGGUGGAAGAGCAGUUGUGCAGGUCUGCAUGAGUAAUAGUGCUUGGUUAAGUGAACCUUUGAGAGCCCAUGAGCUCACACAACUUCUAGUGUAUUUCCACAGUAUUCCCAGAAAGGAUUCCCGUUCUUUGGGGCUACUUAUUUUAGUGGAUGCCCGCAAAAGUCAGAAUGUAGCUGUCCUCUUCAAAGCCUUUACAGCAUUACAGAAUGCCAUUCCUCAUUCCAUUCAUAGUGUUCUGAUCUUGACUGAUAAGGAGUCUGCUUUCAAGCCUGACAAAGAAGUUGCAUUUCAGUGUGAAGUUCUCACAUCACUCAAGGCUUUGCAUAGAUUCAUUGACUGUACCCAACUGACAGCAGAGUUUGAUGGAACAUUCCCUUAUAGUCAUAAUGACUGGAUAUGCUUUCGAAGGAAACUUGAGCCAUUUAUUACAAACUGCAAAGAGGCCCUUGUUUUCUUGCAAUACUCUUUAUGUUCACUCAGCAAUAUCCAGACGCCAAGUACUGCACAAGAGGUGGAUGACUUAAUGAAUAAACACAAGACGAUGAUGAAACUUGUUCUGGAAGAUAAACUGUUGGUCACCUUAAGGCUUGAGGGUGGGACAGUCCUUGCAAGGCUUAGAAAGGAAGAGUUCUGUAACACAGAAGAUUAUAGAGAUGCCAUGGAGACUAUUACGAAGCUGUAUAAUCGAGUAGAUGAGGAAGUUCAUAGGCUGGUUCUAUUGUCUAAUAAAUGUCUGCAACAACUAGAGAAUCUCUUGGCAAUGAGAAAAUUUGAAGAAGGCUGUGAACAGAUAAAAGUCUGGUUUGAAAAUGAGAAAGAACAAUAUAUUGGGCCUUUGGAUCAAGAGCUCCUUUCAGUUGAAAAUGUGAAAAGGAAACAGGAGCAGUUCCUGGUUUUCAGUGAAAAGGCAAUGGCAUCCAGGUGGAUGGUUCACUGUAAUGAGUUUCUUGAAAAGCUUCCAGCUGAAGCCAAGUAUUCUCAGCCAGCAGUUCAGUCUUUGCAAAGCUACCACCAAGAAGCUACAAAGUUUUCUGCCGAGAACUUUCAGAAAGUCAGUGAGGUGAUUAUUGCUCUGGGUAACAAGGAGGAACUAAAACAAUGGAAUAUUUUAUGGCUCAAAUGCCAGCAGACCAGGCACCACUUAGAAGAGGUCCUUUCAGAAGCAAUUAAAGGUACCAGUGAAGAAGGGUCCAGCAGUACUCUGAGAGAGAUUGGCCAGAGGGACGUCCAUAACCUGGGCAGCAAAUCUGCAACACAACAAAGCCAAUCUUCCCGCUUUUGUUCUAGCACUCUCAAUAACGUCCAUGACAGUAAGUCACUCGGCCCAUUUCAAGGUAGCAGCCCACCUGAGGACGUGCCUUCUUUUUUACACCAGGAAGGUGCUGCUCAAAACACUGAUCCAUUUUCUUCUUCUUCUGUUAAACCUUCGCUUUCACAAACUCUUACUCCACUCUUGGGUAGGUUUCAAAGGACUAGCCGUGUUUCAGAGGAUUUGGACAACAUUUCUACCUGCUGCUCAGAACCAAUCCAGACACCCAGCACCCGCCACAGGAGACAUCCGCUGAAGAAGAUUAUGAAGAAGACACAGAGCUUUGAGUUGACCCGACACGAGAGUAACCACAGUGAACUGCAUCAUCAUGGGUAUACUGGAGUUUACAUAAGAGGACUGGAGGUGGCCAGCAAUGUUGCUGCAGAAAAGAGAAACACGCAGCGUUCCAGUAUCAAAAGUCCUUUGGUUUGUAGAAAUCGCAGUUUAUCAUCUCCUUCAAGAAUCCGCCACGCAGAAGAUGAAGAAGAGAAAAAAAGAGGGGGAAGUAAGGUGAACCACAUAAUGGAUGAGAUGAUCACAACAGAAAGGGAGUAUGUCAGAUCUUUAGGCUAUAUCAUCAACAGCUAUUUUCCAGAAAUGGAAAGGAUUGACUUACCUCAGGAUUUGCGAGGGAAGCGGAAUAUCAUAUUUGGAAAUUUGGAAAAGCUGUAUGACUUCCAUUGUCUGUAUUUCCUGAAAGAACUGGAACACUGCACAGACUUCCCCCUGCGGGUCAGCCACUCUUUUCUCAGACAUGAAGAACAGUUUGGAAUGUAUGCAUUGUACAGCAAGAACAAGCCGCAGUCAGACGCUUUGCUUAUAAGCCAUGGAAAUACCUUCUUUAAAAAUAAGCAGCAGGAAUUGGGUGAUAAAAUGAACCUGGCUUCUUACCUGCUGAAACCUAUCCAGAGAAUGAGCAAAUAUGCACUGCUUUUGAAGGAUCUGAUCAAGGAGUGUUCGGCAGCGCAGGAACAGGAGCUCAGCGCCCUCCGGGCUGCCGAAGAAAUGGUCAAGUUCCAGCUUCGCCAUGGAAAUGAUUUACUUGCAAUGGAUGCCAUCAGAGGAUGUGAUGUCAAUCUGAAAGAACAAGGACAGCUGAGGUGUCAAGAUGAGUUUAUUGUGUGCUGUGGCCGAAAGAAGUACUUGAGGCAUGUUUUCCUUUUCGAAGACCUCAUCUUGUUCAGUAAAACAAAAAAGAUUGAUGGGGGAUAUGACAUUUACAUGUACAAACAGUCAUUUAAGACAGCUGAGAUUGGAAUGACAGAGAAUGUUGGAGAUAGUGGCCUCAGAUUUGAAAUCUGGUUUCGAAGGAGAAGAAAAUCUCAGGACACUUACAUCCUUCAAGCAAAUUCAGUAGAAACUAAGAUUGGAUGGACAAAUCUCAUAGGAAAGAUUCUUUGGAGACAAGCCUUGAGAAACCGAGAACUCCGAAUGCAAGAAAUGGUGUCAAUGGGCAUAGGAAACAAACCGUUCAUGGACAUCAAGCCCAGUGAUGCAGCUAUAAGUGAUCGAGCAAUAGACUAUAUAAUGAAACGAGCAGAGUCAAGGAGCCGUGCCUCAAUAGCUGUUUCUUCAUUUGACCACUCUACGCCGUUUAAGAGGCCCCACUCCACGAUCUCAAACAGCAGCACAUCUUCCUCGAGCAGCCAGUCCUCAUCUUCCAUCCUGGGCUCGCUAAAUCUGCACAUAUAUUCCGCCCCGUCUCACCCAGGCUUGGUGGGACCUCCUUUUUACCACUGGUCGUACGAUGUCAGAGCCUGUAUUGAGGAAGAUGAGCUGGAACAGGACAUUGGGAGCCAGCCCUCAAUGAUUACAGAGAGUUCAGAGUCAUCCCAGUGCACGUCCGGUGAAAGCUCAAGUGGUUUCAGCUGUUCUGCCCAGGCUGGAUUCUCCCCACUCCUCACGGAGACAUUUCUCGAUGAAGGCACUUCAAGCCCUGCUUCCAAGCCCUGCAUCGCAAUGCACAUCUCCUGCCCUCUCAGAGAAGAACCUCAGGUCAAAGCCCAGCAGCCAGUAUGUCCCUGCUGAUGAUUUGGUGCAGAAUCCAUAAUACAGAUUUCUAAAACUUGAACCUCGCAGAACCUGCAGCUCUGAGUCCAGGUGGCAUUCUUCUGAGGGGGGGAAAUGUAUCCUUGUUUGUAUUAGGAAGUUUGGUUUUGGUUCCCCUCCUUUACUUUUGACCUCUUUUUUGUAUAUAACUGGUGAGAUUUAGUUGUUACUAUAUUUUUCGAAAUCCUGUAAAUGCAGAAAGUAUUUUGUGUAAAAAAUGUACAAAUUGUUGCUGGAUUUGUUUGUAAAUAUUAAUUUUAUUGUUCUGCAUUAUUAA